GGUUUUCAAUUCAAAUUGGUUUUCUUUUUUAAACUUGAGAGUGAAACAGUACUGUCAAACACGGCCUUGGGCGAAUUUUGUUUCUCUUCCGCCCGUCAUCCAUUCAUCGGAACUUGUAGGUACUACUAGCCUCGUAGUAAAUGAGAUGCAAAUGAGAGUUGGCAUGAAAUUGGCCGACCCAGAUUACAGACGUAUCUGAUUGAUCUUAAAAUGUCAUUUGAUUCAAGUAAUGGUGACUAUACAUACUGCGGAGCAUUGCGGGCUAUUGGAAAAUCUUUUGAGGUUUUCCCCUUUUAUUUUUGAGUUUCGCGCGGGGUGGUGAGGAGCGACGACGUAACUCCGGUCCUGGGAAAAUCAAAAAGACGUGGCAUCCUCUUGUUGGUUGACGGAUACUGUACUUUACUCGGCAGCCGUUGUGGUGGUGGUGUUGCCGAGGGUGGAGAUGGGUGGUGGGGGCUAGAAAGCUCCUCCUCUUUGGAUGUCGUCAGAGGCAGAGUCGGAACCAAUGGCAGGUGAGCGCCGGUAGCGUCGCCCGAGUCAAAAGGGGUUGGAUGUGGGGUUGUGACGGUAUCGGUCCCGAAUGUUUUCGGCCUCUUGUCUCCCGUUUUUCUCCCUACUCCACAAGAGCAAAAGGGAGAAGAAGAAAGAAGUUGGCUUUAGAAACCACCUCCUUCUCCCACCCUCUCCUGGCUUCUAUAGCCUCCCCAUUUGGCUUGGGCUGUGUGGCCCGUGUGUGUUCUUGUUUCGGGGGUCCUCAGUGCGUCGCCGGCUAUUUUUAAGCCCAGUCGCCGUUGCGCCUCUAUUUUGAGCCGUCUGGUGCGUCGCGUGCUCUCGGCGUUUGCUCUCUCUCUCUCUCGCUCCUUUGGCUCCUUUGGCUCCUCGUUCGCUACGACUCGGCUAAAAACUCUUCCAUCUGAUAUUUUUUGAGUUGUUUUUCUCUCCCCGCUCGACGUGUGCCCGCGUACCGCAGCAGCACUUUUGCCCCGCACACAGGCAACCCAAAAGUGUAUGCGACCGACCGGGCGUGUUUGUGUGUGUGCGUGUCGUGUGUGUGAGUGUGUCUUAUGUGUCUACACAGCGGCGGAGGAGAAUCUCCUAACCCCACUGCUACUGCCCUCCUCUCUCUCGUUUGAACACACGGUGCCAAUGAUUGUCGUCGGCUAAGGAGCGAAAAAAGGGGGACCUUUUUUUUCAGUUGUUUUGACUCGGAACCUUCGGCCCUUGAGGGGCUUUGAAAAUAAGAGAAACAAUAGCGGAAACCUUCGAAACGAAAGAGUCCAGCUCCAGCAGUUGGCGUGGCAUUUUUGCGGUGACCAGAGCCCAAGAGAUUGUCUUGUUGUCGUCUUCCAACAUUCACCACCACGACCGCAACAGAGACCACAGGCCCAAGACGGGGGGAGAUAUCCAUUCAUUAAUAACACCUCUGCCGUGUUUUAUUUUCUGGGUGGUGCUCCGUCAUUGGAUCGGACAUCGAGACGGUCGACGACGACAAACCCAAAAAAAAUUGGACUAAGGGAAAUCCAAAGAAGCAGAAACCCCCAACCCCAAAAAAUAACGGGAAUUUCACUCUGAGCGAGUGACAUCACAUUUUGGAAGUGUCCGACAGACGGAAGAGAAGGGUCGGCGGAGGCGCGGGCGGAGUAGGCGAAGUAGGCUCCACCAUCAACAGCAACAGCAGCCACAACAACAACAUGGGAAGGAAAAAAAUUCAAAUCUCGCGCAUCACCGACGAACGGAACCGGCAGGUGACGUUCAAUAAGCGCAAAUUUGGCGUCAUGAAAAAAGCCUACGAACUGUCGGUGCUGUGCGAUUGCGAGAUCGCUCUCAUCAUCUUCAGCAGCUCCAACAGGCUCUACCAGUACGCCUCCACCGACAUGGACAAGGUGUUGCUCAAGUACACCGAGUACAACGAACCCCACGAGUCGUUGACCAAUAAGAAUAUCAUCGAGGCGUUGAACAAGAAAGAGCACAAGAAUGGCGGCUGCAGUCCCGACAGUCCCGGCGAGGAUGUCGACGCCACCGAUUACACGCUGACGCCCAGGACCGAGGCCAAGUACAACAAAAUUGACGAAGAAUUUCAGAUGAUGAUGCAACGCAAUCAACACCACAACGGCGCCCAAAGGAGUGGAGGCUACACGAUGCCCGUCACGAUGCCCGUCAAUCCAGGUCCUUACGGCGAUCCCGGCUCCAUGUUACACGCCAGCCCGCAAAUGGUGGGCGGCCAUUCUAGCGUCAGCCCACGGCCAGCGUCCUCUACCGGCAUGCUGGACGUUGGCGGAAGCAACAACGGAUACGGGUCCAGCCAGCCGGCCAGUUCUCCCAUACCGGAAAGUCCGACGCCGCCGCCGCCACCUCCGUCGGCUCUCAGGAGUUCCAGUUCGAUGGCCAACCGGUCCCUCUCGCCACAGCAGCAACACUUGGCCGGCUCUCAGCGACACAAUUUAAGACUAGCCAUCCCCGGCAAUCAAGCUGGACUUGCCAUAUCAAGCCACGAUAGAGGUGGAGGAGGCGGGGGUAACAGCAGUUUGAAUACGCCCGUCGUCCCGCUGCAGACUCCCGGCCUGUCUGGAUUGUAUCAAUCCAGUUAUUCUGGUCACGGCGGUGUAGGAGGCGGAGGAGCUCAAGGACAACCUGAUUUCAAUUUACCUUCCGACAUGGUACUCACCUCUUUGCACGCCGUUCACGCCGGAUGGGGUGCAGCUCCGUCAACCAACUCCGGCAACAGCAACUCCUCAUCAUCUUCCGGCGGAAUAGUUCACCACACCGGCCACCUGCCCAACAAUAUUCAUUUAGGGUCCUUGUCCCAUUUGACAGUGCCCAAUUCAGGGUCUCAGCGACCGCCCAGUGCGCCCCUGUCACCGUCACCGGUGGCGCUCAAAAUCAAAAGUGAGCCGAUAUCCCCGCCCCGGGAAGCCAUGGGCCUCCAGGGAGGAGGUAUGGGCAGCGGAUUGGGAUCGUCUUUGGCGCCACUGCCAACCGGUAUGAGCCUGAUGCAACGUCCUUCGUCGUCAUCAGAUCAUCAUCUGUCACCGUCUGGUCACCUCACUCCGACAGGGUCGUCACCAGAUCCGGGUCACCAUAGCCAUUCAGAAUACGAUUCGAUGCCAUUGCACAAAAGACCUCGAAUCGCCGAGGGCUGGGGUGCAUCUUAGGAGGAUGCCAAUCCAUCUGAAGAGGAAUCAACAACAACAACAA